ACGCGCCUGUUGCUAUGGGAUCCACCGCCCCUAUAAAUAACUGAGGAAAGGAACUUUCCUAAGUCAGAGACUUUAGGACACGGGACCCAGAACCAGAUGGUCCGGAGGAGACGCGCCAGCCCCCGCCGCAGCUGCCGGAGCGGUGAAGCCCCGGCGCGCCGCAGGGACUGAGCCAGCCCGGCCGGGCAGCGCCGCGGGGCCGUGCCCGGGCCAGAGACUGCGGCAGGGUCUGGAGCCCCCCACCCCGACGGCGGCAGCUUGACCCUGUGCCGGGGGGGGCCCCCUGCGCCGUUUCCUCCUCCCCGCAUCCCCCUUUGCUUUCAUGCAACGCCUGGUGGCCUGGGACGCAGCAUGCCUCCCCAUCCAGCCGCCCGCCUUUAAAUCCAUGGAAGUGGCUAAUUUCUAUUACGAGGCGGACUGUCUGGCUGCUCUCAACAAGCUGCACCCGCGGGCGGCCGGGGGCCGCUCCAUGACCGAGCUCACCGUCGGGGACCACGAGCGAGCCAUCGACUUCAGCCCGUACCUGGAGCCUUUGGCGUCGCAGCCGCCGCCUCCCGCGGCAGCAGCAGGGGGCAACUUUGAGCCUCCGUGCAGCAGCGGCGCCGGCCAAGAUUUCCUUUCCGAUCUGUUCGCCGAGGACUAUAAAGGCAGCGGCGGCAGCAAGAAGCCCGACUACACCUACAUCAGCCUCGCCCGGCACAGCCACCCGUGCGCCAGCCAGAGCCACAAGCCGGGGGGGCUGCAGGGCUGCUUCCCGCCGCAGAUCGUGGAAACCAAAGUGGAGCCGGUCUUCGAGACCCUGGACUCUUGCAAAGGGCCCCGUAAGGAAGAAGGGGGCGCGGGGCCGGGACCGGGGGGCAUGUCCUCGCCCUACGGCAGCACCGUGCGCUCCUACCUGGGUUACCAGUCGGUGCCGAGCGGCAGCAGCGGGAACCUGUCCACCUCAUCCUCCUCCAGCCCCCCCGGCACCCCCAACCCCUCCGAGUCCUCCAAGUCCGCCGCCGCCGGCGGGGGCUACUCCACCGCCCCGGCGGGCAAGAACAAGCCCAAGAAGUGCGUGGACAAGCACAGCGACGAGUACAAGCUCCGCCGGGAGAGGAACAACAUCGCGGUGCGCAAGAGCCGCGACAAAGCCAAAAUGCGCAACCUGGAGACGCAGCACAAAGUCUUGGAACUGACGGCCGAGAACGAGCGGCUGCAGAAGAAGGUGGAGCAGCUCUCCCGGGAGCUGAGCACCCUCAGGAACUUGUUCAAACAGCUGCCCGAGCCCCUGCUCGCCUCCUCGCCGCGCUGCUGACCCCCGGCCGGGCUGCGGGGCGAGCGGAGCCGCGGGCUCCGGGCCCCGCUCCGCGCUCCUGGGGCCGGGGCGAGGGGGGCGAGAGCCCGCGGCGGGCGGGCGGGUUUGGUUUGAAUUUGCGUUGUCGUUGUUGUUGUUGGAUUUUUUUUUUUUUUUUAAUUUUUUUUUUGGUCUUUACCGACAUGAUGGCGGAAGGCUCCGCCGCCGCGCGGGGCCGGAGCGGGGCCGGGGCGGAGCGGAGGGGGCGCGGAGAGACCCCGGCCCGGGCCGGGCGGGCUCUGCUGGGCGCUGGGUUAUUUAAAAGAGCGAGAGGAGAGCAAGGGCAAAGUGAUGCAAUCCUUUAAGCAUGGCUGGGAAUGCUGUGUACAUGAUGCAAUCUCGUGUAACUGUCAGUCAUGGAUUGAGUAAUCUGUUAAAGAUGUUCCUACAGUUUUUUUAUUAUAAAGAAUAAUCUAUUUCUAUAAGAAAAUACAUAUGUAUAUUUUGGGAUCUAUGCAUUCUUGCUACAUUUGAAGCAUUAAUGAACAAUUUUAAUAAACUUUAUGACUAGGUUAAAAAAAA